CCGCUCUCGGAGUCGGAUGGCGCAAAGUCAAACAUCUUUGUGUUUUUCAUCAUUUUUCCUGUCAACUUCAUAGACCUAAUAUUAGUUCUAUGGUCAAUUUCAACCACAACUUUCAAAUUGAAAGAGCGUUAAAAUUCAGUUUCUUGUUUAUUUUAUUAAAAUGGAUCAAGUUUUCAAUUUCGAUAAAAGCUUACAACAACGAUUGAGAGAGUAUAAGGAUGUAUUUGAUGGUUUUGAAAUACUUCCUGCUUCAGGACUGAAAAAAGAAUGGGGCUUUUACUUGGAACUCACUAUGGAUCCAAAUGGAUGGCAAGCGAUUUGGAAAAUAUCGAGAACCACUUGUGAUAUUUUAAAAUUACCUUUUCCAACAAUUGUUUUAGUAUUUGUUCUGGAUGUAGAUUUCUCUAAUUUACAAGCCUUAGUAAGAGUGAUUGCCGUUCAAGAUGAAAGUCAUAUUAUUCCAGAGAAACAUCAUGUUCCUUUGAUUCAGUUAUGGCCUACAAAAGCUCAAGAUGAAACUGUAGCCUUAAAUUUGUCUUCAACUGCUAAUGUAAUUGAUAUGUUAAGAUUCUUUUAUAUUCAUUUAUUCAUGCCAUGGGAUAUUGAUGAUGAUGAAACUUCUGACUGGAAAUCAAAACAUUUGGAGUCGAGACUGAGAUUAUAUUAUGAUAUGAAAAAUGGUAUGAUUCCUAAAGCAACAUCUUUACGUUUGAAUUCUUUACUUACCGAAGCUCGUAGAAUACAGAAUAAAAAAGAACAAAUUGAGUUGCAAUUAGAGGAAACUGUUAUUGACGAAGAUUCUAGCGAGAAAAAUAUAGAAGAACUCACUAAUAUUCAUUUAAGACUGAUUGAAAUCAAGUGUGAAGUGGAAAUUUUAGAGAAUCCUUUACUUAGAAAGGCUUUUCUGAAAAGGCAACAACAACAGCAAUUAUUAAAUGUUGAAAAUGUAAAAGAACCUAGAAUAUGGCUUAUUCAAGAAAAUGGCCAAGUUGAGAGUUACUUGAGGUUUCUAGAACAAGUUAAAUUGCUGUAUCCCAAAGAAAAAGUCAUAGUACAACCAAAUCUUUCCCAAACUCUAGAAUAUGGAGGCCCUAAUGAUUCCUUCAUUCUGGCUGAAGGAAAAUAUGAAGUUAAUGUUAUUACAACAUUAGAAAAUGGAGUAAUCCUGAAAGGUAUUGGUAAUAGAGAUAACAUUGUACUUGAUUCCAUGUUAGAUGAUAUUAUGUUGGAUUUUCAAGUAGAACAUUGUUUGGUAGAGAAUGUCACCCUUGAUGCAAGUAUGUCACAAUGUGCAGCUGUUAUUCGUAAAGGGAAGGUCACAUUUUCCAACUGCAAAAUUGUUGGUGAUGGGGUGUCAACCAUUCAUCAGGGAAUCAUAGUACUUGCUGGAGCCGAGCUAGAAUUGAUAAACUGUGAAAUGUAUGGCUUUUAUAUAGCCCUUGUAGGAAACUCAGGUUCUCAAGUAACAAUGCAGAACACAGAAAUCUACAACGUUCAUUAUGGAUUGAAAAUAUAUGAUAAUUCUUUAGUCAAUGUACAUAAAUGCACUUUUAGAAACUGCAAAGAUUAUGGUGUGUUUGUCGAAACAGAGAACUUGGAAGAAGGAAUUCACAAUGUUGGCAAUUUUGAAAUAUUAAAUAAAAUACCUCAAGUAAAAACUGAAUUUGUGAAUGGUAUGAAUAAUGGUAAAGGCGACGUUCUUAUCAAUCGUACUUCUCAGAUCAAUGCAAUUAAAGAUCUUUUCUCCAAAGGGGAUCCAACAAUUUCAGAACCUUCUGAUGAAGAGAUGGCAUUCGAUGAUGACUGCAAAGAUAUUGGCAGCGAAUUUGAUAGAACUGUCAUAGAAAGCGAUCGAAAUAUUUCACCAGUAACAAUUUGAACUGGUCAAUAAUUUUCAAUGAACUGCAUAUAAGUUUUGUGAUAAAAGAAUGAUUUUUUUCUCUAUAUUGAGUUAAAUAGAUAUUUUAUUUAUAAUUUUUCUUUAACAUGUUUUUAUUUGAAAUUGAAAAUCUAAAAAGUUAAGCCUUAUUGUAUAUAAUUAUUAUGGGCUUGAUAUUAAACAUAAUUGAAGCUUUUUCAAA